CUGCUUUGUUUUGUUUUGUUUUGCUUGGCUUUGCUGGUUUGGGUGUAGUAAUUUGGUUCCUUUGAUGGAGGGCAAUUUCCAUUCAGCCUCCAUUCAGCCUAGCUAGCUAGCUACUCUACCAUACUCUCCUCGUCGUCGUCCUCGUCCAUGACGUGUUUCGGUGCCCGCGAUGCUUUAAACCUGGUGCUUCCGGAUGUUCUCGUCGUUGCUAUGACUCUGUCGAGGUUUCUCACGAGGUUUUAGGUUCGGUUUGGCUUGCGAAAUCGGUUGGUGAAGCUGACGUGCUUUUGUAGAAUUGGAGACGAGCAAGAAGUUUUUUCGUCUGUGAUUUGGAGCCUUUGGAGUGGGUGAUAGUGUUGUGACGUAGCUCGCGGUAUCAGGUACUUACGUCGAAGUGUGAGUUCGAGCGUAACUUUACAACGAUGUGGUACCCAUUUUGAGAGGAUACAGGCAUUGAGAUGUGUUGUUUGAAAGUUCGUAGCUACUGACGUCCGAGACAAUUGAAUCAUGGUACAAUUUGUGAUGGAAAUGUGUAAAUUUCUACUGAUGUUCUCUGCGCUUUGUUGCAACGUAUUUCGAUUUCUUUAUUUCGAAUUGGUGGCGUCCAAUGUGAGUUGCUGUUAUUAUUUUUUCGGUGCUCCAUUUGACCAUCGGGGUAACCUGAGACAUGAUGCCGACAAAGAAACACAAGGAUAAAUAUCCAAGCCUGUGAUGCGCGUGUUUACUCUUUUUUGCUCAUACUGUAUUUUCUAUUCUGUUUAAGACAUCAUUAGAAUUGAACUGUACAAAUGUAGCUCCCAGGUCGUAAGACUAUCAUCGAUUCCCCCAAUGGUCAUUCCAGUAAAAACCAUGUCACUUCCAAGUGCACGACGAUGUGAUCGAAAGGUCGCGAUUGCAGUCGAUUUGAGUGAUGAAAGUGCCCAUGCGGUGGAGUGGGCAGUGGAAAACUACCUUCGUCCUGGCGACAAUGUAGUGGUUCUGCAUGUGCGACCUACGAGUGUUCUUUUCGGAGCAGAUUGGGGCGCCUCAGACCAAGUUAUUCCCUUUGAUGACGAGCAGAAAAUGGAAGAGCAAUUUGAUGCUUUCACCAACACUAAAAGCUGUGACCUUGCCAAACCGCUAUCGGAUGCAAAAAUUCCUUACAAGAUUCACAUUGUCAAGGAUCAUGACAUGAAGGAGCGAAUUUGCUUGGAGGCUGAGCGUCUCGGAGUCAGUGCAAUGAUCAUGGGUAGUCGAGGGUUUGGUGCCUCUAAACGCGCUCGGAAAGGUCGUCUGGGGAGUGUCAGUGAUUACUGCCUCCAUCACUGUUAUUGCCCAGUCGUUGUUGUAAGAUAUCCGGAAAACAAGGAUGUUGAGAUCAUCACGCAUCCGUCGAGUCCUAGACAUGCAACACCAAGUCCUCUUGCGCCCCAGAAUCCACCUUCCAGGCUGCAGGCCGAAACUGAUAUGAUAGUCGAUGCAGAUAAAAGCUCCGUUUAAGAUGAUGAUCAAGAGUCAUAGGAGGAGAGUGAAUGUGCUCGUACAGUGUGGUGGUGAUCGUUUGCUUGUUUCAACAGAGAUGGAAGUGGGACUGUAGGCCAUAGCCAUGUAAUCAUGAAAAGUAACGUUGGAAAAUUCCUUGAGGCUAAAUGCCAAGUCAUCUCAAAUGAUAGGCUGCAUGAUGAAACAAAUGCAUGCACCAACAGUGGUCGCCCUUUACUAA